AGAUGCAACUCGGGCACUCAAUGCCCGAUUGUUGGACCCGGAACAGGCUGUACCAGGACCAGCUGCUGGAGCUUCCAGCAGUGCACCCUCAAGCCGCCAACUGGAGGACCGCGUUGACCACGUAGUGGCAAUGCUCGGCGACAUCAGCACCUUCGCUGCGCCGACCACCACCAUCAGCAGUCAGCUACAUACAUUGAAGACCGAGGUCCAGAAGCUGCAGUCGACGGACGCGGACGACAAUCCGAAGAUGUACAAGAUGCCAACUUUCAACCUGGAGAGGUUCGACGACUACACGCAGCAGGAUCCCGUCCUCUGGUGGGAAGCAUUCACAACGCAACUCAGGAUUCUGCCAGUAGCCAAGCAUGCGUACAUCGGCGCCCUGUUCCUGAACUCAAAGGGAGGAUGCCAGACCUGGUUGAGCCACCUGGCAACCUCCCACCGCGUCGACGUACCAGACUUGAAGGACGUAAUCACAUGGGAGGAACUAACACGGBUGUGGAAGAAGCGGUUCAUCGUCGACGACGCGCCGGCACUCGCCAUCAACCGUUUGUUCACCAUGUCACAGGGCAACACARCAACACGGGACUGGCUCACGGAGUGGCAGAAGAUUGCGGCUGUGCCCAAUCUGAACCUACCAUUCGAGCAUCUACGCCGUGAGUUCUACAACAAGUCCUGUGCGGCAUUGAGCCAGGCUCUUGGUGAUCGCGAGCAGUACUCAACCUUCUCGGAGAUCAUUGACAAAGCAAGGGAGAUCAUCAAGACCAACAGGUCAGCUGCACACGAGAAAUCAACAUGGCAGCCGACCUAUGUGGAGAAGGCACGAACUGGUCCGCGACAGCAGCACUUCCCUGCAGUCCAGCAGGACAGUGGAGAUAACCCAGCAGCCACUCCAGUAUCAAUUUCCAUGGGUCAAGUUUGGCUUGACCGAGGCGGAGUACAAGGUCCGCGGCCGCUACGGCAACUGCUAUUGGUGCAACAGCACCAAGCACAAGACCUCCCUGUGCCAAGAUCAGGGCAAGGAGGAUGUGCGACCCCGCCUCAGCUCGGGAAACUGAGCUCCGCGGAAGGUGAGGCGACUCCACCUUCUACUCCGCCAGAUACGGCCGCCUUGCUAGCGGCCUCCUGCAUAUUUGGGGAGGAUGCGAAUGUCGCAAGUCCUCGAUAUACUUACGAGGAUUAUGCUGUCCACUUGGUUCCACCGCUGGACCAACCGCUCCACGUGCAACAGUCCACCGCAUGCACGGUUUCAUCACCAUCGGCAACCGCUUCAGCAGCUUCGCCGCAAUCUAUCGCCGGGGAUUCGACAUCAUGGUCAAGACUUGAAGAGCUCGACCCAUUGACGUUCACGGACUUCCACUGGAUGCCCGUUCCCUCGACCGGACGAUUGUCGAAAGCGCACUGCAACGUGCUUAUGGCACAAUUGCGGGACUACUUGCACACUGCAGUACCAGCUCCGUUGAUGGACGCCGGAGCAGAGGUUGUCGACCUUCACGCUUUCAUCGCGAAGAUCGACCGCGAGUUCAAGACGCAAUGGUACGACGACAUUGACGCACUAUUGCUAUACAUACGCAUUCAGAUCGGAGAGGCGACCUGCAGUUCCUUGAUCAAUUGCGGAGCAUCUCGCAACUACAUCAGCCAGGACUUCAUGACGAUCAGGAACGCCGGCCCUCUCCCACGCAUCGACGACCUUCUCGAGCGAUUGGGCGGCGCCCAGUUCUUCUCUAAGUUGGAUCUCAAUUCAGGGUACCACCAACUCGAGAUUCGCAAGGAGGAUCGCUACAAGACCGCGUUCAAGACUCGGUAUGGGCAUUUCGAAUGGCUGGUCAUGCCAUUUGGCCUCACGAAUGCCCCAGCCACUUUCCAAGCCGCUAUGACGACGGAGUUCCGCCACAUGCUGGAUCGUUUCGUAGUUAUAUACCUCGACGACAUUCUAGUUUACAGCCGGAGUCUGGACGAGCAUGUGGAACACCUGCGCACCGUUUUGGAGCGGCUACGACAGGCCAAGUACAAAGCAAACCGCGACAAGUGCGAGUUCGCACAGCAGGAGCAGGAGUACUUGGGACACUACGUGACGCCGCAAGGCAUCCGUCCGCUUGCGUACAAGAUCGAGGCCAUCCGCGUAUGGCCCGAGCCCACCAACACCACGGACGUUCGUUCAUUCAUGGGGUUGGCAGGCUAUUAUCAGCGUUUCAUCACCGGAUACUCAAGGAUUGUCGCACCUCUGACGAGGCUACAAUCGCCAAAGGUGCCAUUCGUAUUCGAUGACGACGCUCGCCAGGCUUUCCAAGCACUCAAGACGGCCAUGCUCAUGGCACCCGUCCUUAGCAUCUACGACCCCACUCUGCCUACGAGAGUGACGACUGAUGCUUCCGGUUACGGCAUUGGGGCAGUCUUGGAGCAGCACGACGGCGAGGAUUGGCACCCUCUGGAGUAUUUCAGCCACAAAGUGCCUCCCAUCAAUUCUCUGGACGAUGCAAGGAAGAAGGAGCUACUUGCGUUCGUCAUGGCUCUUAAGCGAUGGCGGCACUUCCUUCUUGGGCGUCGUAGGUUCACAUCGGUCACGGACAAUAACCCAUUGACCUACUAGAAGACGCAGGACAUGGUGAGCAGCACGAUUGGACGGUGGAUGUACUUCAUCGACCAGUUUGACUUCACACCGAAACACGUUGACGG